AUGUUGAGGCUAGUCAAGGUGCUUUCCAGUAUUUUGGACUUAAAGACGACCAGAGCCCGACCAUAUUGCAUCUUGGGUGAAAGAGUACAAGGAUGGCAAAGUUCCACACCAUACAAGAAGUCUGAGCCUGUACCUGAGAACAACACAGAACCUGUUAAGGUGGUUGUUGCUGACAGCCUUCAGGACAUGGUUUUCAGUUCUGGGAAAAAUGUGCUAUUAGAGUUUUAUGCUCCCUGGUGUGGACACUGCAAGAAGUUGGCUCCAAUUUUGGAUGAAGUUGCUGUUUCUUUCGAAAAUGAUGGUGAUGUCUUGAUUGCAAAGAUUGAUGCUACGGCGAAUGAUAUUACAAAUGAAGCCUUUGACGUCAAAGGUUAUCCAACUGUGUACUUCAAGUCAGCAAGCGGAAAUCUGUUGCAGUAUGAGGGGGGCAGGACCAAGGAAGACAUCAUUGAUUUUAUUCAGAAGAAUCGGGACAAUACUGCCCAGCAAGAACCGAAGAAAGACGAGCUUUAA